AUGGACACAUUUCUUUUCUGCCUACAGGUUGUGGAACGAACCAAUGCGGUAAUAUUGAACUCCAAGAACAUUGUUGUUUCGGAUGCACAUUUCAACAAUGCCAACGCCGAUAUUUCCUAUGAUGAGUCACAGGACCUUGUCAUCUUCACUUUCCCCAGUGCCCUGGAGACUGGGAACGGCCACCUUAACUUAAAAUUUCGUGGCCAUUUAAGUGAUGAUAUGGAAGGCUUUUACAGGAGCACGUACAAAUCCCCGACCGGAGAAAAAAGCUAUAUUCUGUGUACUCAGUUUGAGUCUAUUUAUGCUCGCCGGGCGUUUCCGUGUAUGGAUGAACCGGAUCGCAAGGCAACUUUUGAUAUCAGCCUUGUUGCAAUGGACAAUGAAGUCGUUUUGUCGAAUAUGGUAUCUGCACUUUAUUACUUGCAUAUAUCCCCCGAAGUAUCGAGAGCAGUAAUCCCCCCACCCCCUGGUCGUCCUACGCCUGCAGAGGGCCACAAUUACGUCAAAGUACAAUUUGACAAAUCGCCCAUCAUGUCAACGUACCUGGUGGCCAUGGUCGUUGGAAACUUCGACCAUGUUUCCACGAAGGAUGCUAAUGGAGUUGAUAUUCGCGUCUUCACACCUCCCGGAAAAAAGGCAUGCGGACAAUACGCUCUAGAAGUUAGCGCAAAAACGUUACCUUUCUAUGCUAGCCUUUUUGGCCACAAAUUUCCUCUGCCGAAAUGUGACCUUAUCGCACUUCCUGACUUCGCCGCCGGUGCAAUGGAAAACUGGGGUCUUAUAACCUACAGGCAAGUCCGCUUUUGUUCAUUACUGUCGGAAACGGCCUUGCUUAUCGACCAGGAGAACACGUCUCUGAUGUCCAAGCAGCGCGUUGCUCUAACAGUGACCCACGAAUUGGCUCAUAUGUGGUUUGGCAAUUUAGUGACAAUGGAGUGGUGGACGCAUCUAUGGCUGAAUGAGGGAUUUGCUACAUGGACUGAGUAUUUCGCCACGCUUUUUGUGUCCCAGGAGUAUGCUCGCGCCCUCAGACUGGACGAACUCAAAAUGAGCCAUCCGAUUGAAGUCGAGGUCAACAGCCCGCAUGAAGUGGAGGAGAUAUUUGACGCUGUCUCCUACCAAAAGGGGGCUUCAGUUAUCCGAAUGUUGAAUGACUACCUUGGGACCGAGGUUUUCAAAGCUGGUUUGCAACAAUACAUCAAGAGUCAUCAGUAUUCCAACACGGUCACCACGGAUCUGUGGCGAGCGUUGGCUGAGGUCAGUGGCCAGCCAGUGAAGGACAUUAUGUCAACGUGGACCAAACAGACCGGCUAUCCAGUCCUCUCGGUCCGUCCCCUUCCGAGCGCAGACGGCCAAUCUCUAAGCCUCGGCAUCAGUCAGACCCGCUUCCUUGCCGACGGUGGAAAAGAAGGUAAUUUAACUUGUGACGACAGAAUUCAUGGUGCACAUAUAAGUUGCUUCCCAAACUGUCGCAAAAUAUGUUCGGUCAUUACAAACUGA